AUGUGUCCCAACUGUGCGAGACUAAAUGGCAGGAUGGAAAGGGGACAGGGAGAAAGGGGACAGGGAGAAAGGGGACAGGGAGAGAAAGGAAACAGGGAGAGAAAGGGGACAGGGAGAGAAAGGGGACAGGGAGAGAAAGGGGACAGGGAGCAGGAAGACAGGGAGAAGUUGGGCUGGGAGAAAGGGGGCAGGGAGAAGGGGGACAGAGAGAAGGGGGAGUGGGAGACGGGGGACAAAGAGACGGGGGACAGGGAGAAGGGGGACUGGGAGAAGGGGGACAGAGAGAAAGGGGACUGGGGGAAGGGGGACUGGGAGAAGGGGGAGUGGGAGACAGGGGACAGGGAGGAUGGUGGGGAGCUGGGCAGAGAAUGUGACGCGCUCUCGUCUUUUACGCAGAGCGACUGGCGUUACAUCCGUCUAUCCCUCCCAGUUCCCUUCCCUCGUUCUACCCUCCCUCCCCUCGCGCUGCUUCCCCACUUCCACUCGCGCUGCUUCUCCGCGACCCUCACACAACAUCUCCCUCGCGCUGCUUCCCCGCUUCCCCUCGCGCUGCUUCUCCGCGUCCCUCGCGCUGCAUUCCCGCUUCCCCUCGCGCUGCUCUCCGCGUCCCUCGCACAGUUUCCCCGCUUCCCCUCGCGCUGCUUCCCUGCUUCCCCUCGCGCUGCUUCCCUCGGCGCUGCUUCCUACAUUCCGUACGCGCUGGUUUUCCAGAUUCCUUAUUGGCGGCUUUCCCCUUCCCCCUACGCCCUGUCCCGCACUCCUAUACGCACCAUUCCCCUUUCCCUACCCGCUGGUUCCCCCUCGCUCUCUGUUCCACCACUCCCAUCGCCGUCCUAUCUCCCUUCUCUGCCCUCUAUCCGAUGUCUGUCCUCUCUCCAUUCCCUGCCAUUGAAGGCCCUCCCUGCCCCCUCACACUUAGCAUCCUCACCCUGUUUCCCCUGCGCACUCUUUUUCCCCAUCCUCACUCUCUUUCUUCUUGCCCACUCUCUUUCCAUGCUCACUCUCUUUCCCUGCUCACUCUCUUUCCCUGCUCACUCCCUUUCCCUGCUCACUCUCUUUCCCUGCUCACUCUCUUUCCCUGCUCGCUCUCUUUCCCUGCUCACUCUCUUUCCCUGCUCACUCUCCUUCCCUGCUCACUCUCUUUCCCUGCUCACUCUCUUUCCCUGCUCACUCUCUUUCCCUGCUCACUCUCUUUCCCUGCUCACUCUCUUUCCCUGCUCACUCUCUUUCCCUGCUCACUCUCUUUCCCUGCUCACUCUCUUUCCAUGCUCACUCUCUUUCCCUGCUCACUCUCUUUCCCUGCUCACUCUCUUUCCCUGCUCACUCUCUUUCCGUGCUCACUCUCUUUCCCUGCUCACUCUCUUUCCCUGCUCACUCUCUUUCCCUGCUCACUCUUUUUCCCUGCUCACUCUCUUUCCCUGCUCACUCUCUUUCCCUGCUCACUCUCUUUCCCUGCUCACUCUCUUUCCCUGCUCACUCUCUUUCCCUGCUUACUCUCUUUCCCUGCUCACUCUCUUUCCCUGCUCACUCUCUUUCCCUGCUCACUCUCUUUCCCUGCUCACUCUCUUUCCCUGCUCACUCUCUUUCCCUGCUCACUCUCUUUCCCUGCUCACUCUCUUUCCCUGCUCACUCUCUUUCCCUGCUCACUCUCUUUCCCUGCUCGCUCUCUUUCCCUGCUCACUCUCUUUCCCUGCUCACUCUCUUUCCCUGCUCACUCUCUUUCCCUGCUCACUCUCUUUCCCUGCUCACUCUCUUUCCCUGCUCGCUCUCUUUCCCUGCUCACUCUCUUUCCCUGCUCACUCUCUUUCCCUGCUCACUCUCUUUCCCUGCUCACUCUCUUUCCCUGCUCACUCUCUUUCCCUGCUCACUCUCUUUCCCUGCUCACUCUCUUUCCCUGCUCACUCUCUUUCCCUGCUCACUCUCUUUCCCUGCUCACUCUCUUUCCCUGCUCACUCUCUUUCCCUGCUCACUCUCUUUCCCUGCUCACUCUCUUUCCCUGCUCACUCUCUUUCCCUGCUCACUCUCUUUCCCUGCUCACUCUCUUUCCUGCUCACUCUCUUUCCCUGCUCACUCUCUUUCCCUGCUCACUCUCUUUCCCUGCUCACUCUCUUUCCCUGCUCACUCUCUUUCCCUGCUCACUCUCUUUCCCUGCUCACUCUCUUUCCCUGCUCACUCUCUUCCUCCUCUCUUUCCCUGCUCACUCUCUUUCCCUGCUCACUCUCUUUCCCUGCUCACUCUCUUUCCCUGCUCACUCUCUUUCCCUGCUCACUCUCUUUCCCUGCUCACUCUCUUUCCCUGCUCACUCUCUUUCCCUGCUCACUCUCUUUCCCUGCUCACUCUCUUUCCCUGCUCACUCUCUUUCCCUGCUCACUCUCUUUCCCUGCUCACUCUCUUUCCCUGCUCACUCUCUUUCCCUGCUCACUCUCUUUCCCUGCUCACUCUCUUUCCCUGCUCACUCUCUUUCCCUGCUCACUCUCUUUCCCUGCUCACUCUCUUUCCCUGCUCACUCUCUUUCCCUGCUCACUCUCUUUCCCUGCUCACUCUCUUCCCUGCUCACUCUCUUUCCCUGCUCACUCUCUUUCCCUGCUCACUCUCUUUCCCUGCUCACUCUCUUUCCCUGCUCACUCUCUUUCCCUGCUCACUCUCUUUCCCUGCUCACUCUCUUUCCCUGCUCACUCUCUUUCCCUGCUCACUCUCUUUCCCUGCUCACUCUCUUUCCCUGCUCACUCUCUUUCCCUGCUCACUCUCUUUCCCUGCUCACUCUCUUUCCCUGCUCACUCUCUUUCCCUGCUCACUCUCUUUCCCUGCUCACUCUCUUUCCCUGCUCACUCUCUUUCCCUGCUCACUCUCUUUCCCUGCUCACUCUCUUUCCCUGCUCACUCUCUUUCCCUGCUCACUCUCUUUCCCUGCUCACUCUCUUUCCCUGCUCACUCUCUUUCCCUGCUCACUCUCUUUCCCUGCUCACUCUCUUUCCCUGCUCACUCUCUUUCCCUGCUCACUCUCUUUCCCUGCUCACUCUCUUUCCCUGCUCACUCUCUUUCCCUGCUCACUCUCUUUCCCUGCUCACUCUCUUUCCCUGCUCACUCUCUUUCCCUGCUCACUCUCUUUCCCUGCUCACUCUCUUUCCCUGCUCACUCUCUUUCCCUGCUCACUCUCUUUCCCUGCUCACUCUCUUUCCCUGCUCACUCUCUUUCCCUGCUCACUCUCUUUCCCUGCUCACUCUCUUUCCCUGCUCACUCUCUUUCCCUGCUCACUCUCUUUCCCUGCUCACUCUCUUUCCCUGCUCACUCUCUUUCCCUGCUCACUCUCUUUCCUGCUCACUCUCUUUCCCUGCUCACUCUCUUUCCCUUCCCUGCUCACUCUCUUUCCCUGCUCACUCUCUUUCCCUGCUCACUCUCUUUCCCCUGCUCACUCUCUUUCCCUGCUCACUCUCUUUCCCUGCUCACUCUCUUUCCCUGCUCACUCUCUUUCCCUGCUCACUCUCUUUCCCUGCUCACUCUCUUUCCUGCUCACUCUCUUCCCUGCUCACUCUCUUUCCCUGCUCACUCUCUUUCCCUGCUCACUCUCUUCCUGCUCACUCUCUUUCCCUGCUCACUCUCUUUCCUGCUCACUCUCUUCCCUGCUCACUCUCUUUCCCUGCUCACUCUCUUUCCCUGCUCACUCUCUUUCCCUGCUCACUCUCUUUCCCUGCUCACUCUCUUUCCCUGCUCACUCUCUUUCCCUGCUCACUCUCUUUCCCUGCUCACUCUCUUUCCCUGCUCACUCUCUUUCCCUGCUCACUCUCUUUCCCUGCUCACUCUCUUUCCCUGCUCACUCUCUUUCCCUGCUCACUCUCUUUCCCUGCUCACUCUCUUUCCCUGCUCACUCUCUUUCCCUGCUCACUCUCUUUCCCUGCUCACUCUCUUUCCCUGCUCACUCUCUUUCCCUGCUCACUCUCUUUCCCUGCUCACUCUCUUUCCCUGCUCACUCUCUUUCCCUGCUCACUCUCUUUCCCUGCUCACUCUCUUUCCCUGCUCACUCUCUUUCCCUGCUCACUCUCUUUCCCUGCUCACUCUCUUUCCCUGCUCACUCUCUUUCCCUGCUCACUCUCUUUCCCUGCUCACUCUCUUUCCCUGCUCACUCUCUUUACCUGCUCACUCUCUUUCCCUGCUCACUCUCUUUCCCUGCCCACUCUCUUUCCCUGCUCACUCUCUUUCCCUAAUCACUCUCUUUCCCCUUGCUCACUCUCUUCCCCUUGCUCACUAUGUUUCCCCCUCCUCACUCUCUUCCCCCAUCCUCACUCUGUUUCCCCCUUGCUCACUCGUCUCAUUCCCCAUGCCUACUUUCUUUCCCCGUUGCUCACUCUCUUUCCCCCUGCUCAAUCUCUUUCCCUCUGCUCUCUGUCUCCUUCGCACUCUGUUUUUUCCCCUGCUCAUUCUGUUUCCCCCUGCUCACACCCCUUAUCAGCCCCUGCUUACUGUGUUUCCUCCUUCACUCAACCCGUUACCCCCCAUGCAAUGUACAUGUGCCCAGCACUAG